AUGGCCACGGACUACAUCUCCCAGAAGGCAGCAUGGGCCAAGCCUGGAGGUGGGGAAAGUUGCAGGAGAGGCCUGUUGAGGAAAAGAAUGACUCUAACUCCCAGGAGGAAGGGGGGCACCCGCGAGGACCUGCUGGGGGCGUGGCCUGCGCAUGAGGCGCGCGCUCCUCUCCUCCUGAGGCCUCGCACCCGGCCUCACGCCCAGGGCAUUCGCACCCUCCUCAAGCCGGGCGAACGUGGAGGCCAGGGCGGCCCGGGGCUCGAGCACGCGGCCUGCUCCCUGGGACCAGCGCUGACGCCGCUGUCCGAUCGGGCUCCCACGUGUGGGGCUGCUGUGAAGCCAGAAGGGGGGCCUCGCGCCAUUUUGCACGUCCUGAGGCGGGUGCUGGAGGCAGAGGGGAAUGGGGCGGGGAGACUCCCCUGGGCUCAAGGGGAGCCUGUGGUUUGCUCGGGAAAGCUCUUGUCUCUAAACAGGAAGCAGAGGAAAAACCAUACCAGUAAACUGCAAGAGCUGGCAUUGCUGCUACCUGUGGCCCUGAAGACCAGAACCAAAAAGCUCACCAAGAAGGAGAUUCUGCUGCAUGUCCUGCACUACAUUCAGUACCUCCAGAGAAACAUCGAUGUGGCUAAGGCCUUGCUCAAGCUCUACACCAACAGGGAAAGUGGACUCGGGGGGCUGAGUUGGAACCCCGCUGGGGGCCCAGUGAGGCGGAGACACUCCACCCCGUGCAGCAGCCCGUGCUCUCGAAAGACCCGACUCCGGGGAGCCUGCCGGAAGCCCCGGAAGAAGAAGCAGAUCCGAACGUCAGAAUGCCAGACCCGGGCCCAGAAGCCUCGCCGCUGUCUGACCCUGUGCAAGCCCGAGAAGGUGACCCCACCCCCAGACCAGAAAGGAGGGAACGCAGAGGCGACCACCACCCCUCUAAGAUGCGCCAACUCCGGCGGACAGCCCAAGGCUGCACCAUCUUCACCUCGGGGUGGAGAGAACAGAGGAAGAGCCCAGCUGACAGUGCUGGAUAUGGCUGAGGACGGCGCCCACCGUGGCCUCGCAAGCUGCUGUUAUGGAAACAGUGUCCAAGAUGAUGAGCCUUACCCUGCCCUUGGGGUCCAGAAAGAUGCUGAGAAGGUCCAUUUUCUCAUCAGGACACAGCCCUGUCCCAGGCAGAAGCUGGUGUUCUACGAUUCCAGCGAGGAGGUGGACAAGGAGUCCCCCGAUGCUGACCCUUGGCUUCCUGCCUGGACCCCAGAGGGCAGCCCCCAUGAGAGCCCGCUGGCCUUGGGGUCUCCCCAGAUCGGGAGCUGGAGUGCCAAGGGCCACUCGAGCGAAAUCCUGGGGCUCAGCCCUUCCCUCUUCAGCUCCCCGGGGAGGCUGCUGCCGGAGCAGCUCCUGGAGGAUGGUGCAGUGUGUCUGACCCAAGCUCUCUUUGAAGAAGUGUACUUCGGCCCUGAGUCCCCACUUUCUGCCUGCAAGUCUGAAGCACCAGAGAACAAGGACACCCUAGCUGAGGCCCCGAGAGACCCAACUGACGCCCACAGCCUUUUCCAGUCCUCCGUCUCGCUCGACCACUGCUACCUCUCCCUAAGCGAGACCAGCCCAGGCUCUGGGACCACCGAGACCGAGUCCCCUUGGAAGCAGCAAGGGGACGCCCAGGCUGACCCCGAGGAGGAUGUGCCGUCCUCCAGUGAGGAAGAUGGUGACUACACCUGGACCCCCACCCGGCGGGCCUCGGUGCUGCCCCCCGGAGGGAGGAAGGCCAAGAAGGGCCGGGCAUCCAGGGCCCCUGUGAAGCCCAAGGAGAGCAAGAAAGUCCCCUGCCCCACCCAGAUCAAGAAAAAGUGUGUCAACGGCUUCAUCAUGUUCUGCAGGAUGAAUCGGAAGCAGUACAUCCGAGCCUGUCCCGGGACCGCGUCCACAGCUGCCACCAAGGAGCUGGCCCAGCUCUGGCGGAUGAUGACCCAGCAGGAACGGAAGCCAUACUGCAUCAAGGCGCGCAGGUUCAGCCGCCAGCACAACCGCAUCGUGAAGCAGGAGAGCUCCAGCAGCGAGGACGACGACUGGGAGCCGCCCAAGCCCUUCUACCAGCUGCUGGCCGAGAAGGCCCGCUCGUCCCCGGAGCCGGCGGCUCUGCCUCCUCCUCGCCAGUGA